AUGUCCAGCCUUUUACCGUGGACUGUGUCGGUCGCGCGCCAGCAUGCUAGGAUCACGCUGCAGCGAUCGACAACCUCCUCACAGGUAGCAACCAAGUCCAUCAGCACAAGCGCGGGCGUCCAGUCGCAACAAAAACGCCAUAUCCAUGCCAAUUCCGGGGCGCGAAGACAGUCUUCACCAAUUGGCCCUGUCCGAUGCUCCCUAGCGGUUGCGCGGGUGAGCCUUGCGCCGCGCGCCGCAGCAGCCCUGCCUAGAUCGUUGAGCACCACUUCGACGCGCGCCGGGCAAGCCGUUGCUAAGUCGAGCGAUAGCAAGGCCGUCCGGAAAGACACCGAGGAUGACGAGGAUGCUCUGGUUGACGAAGUCGGGGCUAAGGCGUCCAAGGGCCCAAAGCACGCCGCGCAGCUCUCCAAGAACGAGCCCGACGCGGAUAACUCCGCGGGCGGUCUGCUGCGCCUCCUGAGCAUCGCCCGGCCCGAGGCCAAGCCGCUCGGCCUCGCCACCGUCUUCCUCGCCGUCUCGGCGACCAUCACCAUGACCAUCCCGUAUGCCGUGGGGCGCAUCAUCGACGCCGCCGGCAAGGGCGGCAUCGUCGAGGUCGCCGGGCACGCCUUCACCCUCACCCAGUUCAUCGUCGGCAUGGGCGCCGUGCUGACCCUCGGCUCGGCCGCCUCCUUCACGCGCAACGUCAUGAUGCGCAUCAUCGGCGAGCGCGUCAUCGCGCGCCUACGCUCCCGCCUCUACCGCCGCACCUACACCCAGGACGCCGAGUUCUUCGACGUCAACCCCGUCGGCGACCUCAUCUCGCGGCUCGGGUCCGACGUCAACAUCGUCGGCGACUCGGUGACGACGAGCGUCACGUACGCGCUGCGCUCGACGUUCAACACGGUCGCCGGCAUCGCCAUCAUGCUGUGGACCAGCGCCAAGCUGACCAUGCUGAUGCUCGUCAUCCUGCCGCCAAUGGCCAUCGGCUCGCUCAUCUACGGCCGCUUCGUGGAGCGCAUGAGCAAGCGCGUGCAGAAGAACCUCGGCACGCUGACCAAGAUCGCCGAGGAGCGCCUCGGCAACGUCCGCACUAGCCAGGCGUUUGUCGGCGAGCGCCAGGAGGUGCACCGCUACAACAACCAGAUCCGCAAGGUGUUUGCGCUGCGCAAGCGCGAGGGCAUCGUCACGUCGACGUUUUACACGUCGACGCUGUGGGCGGGCAACAUCUCGUUCCUGAUUAUGCUGACGGUCGGCAACGGCUUCAUCCAGUCCGGCGCGAUGACCACCGGCGACCUGACCGCGUUCGUCAUGUACGCCAUGUUCGCCGGCACCGGCAUGAUGGACUUCUUCUACACCUACACCGAGAUCAUGCGCGGCUCCGGCGCCGCCCAGCGCCUCUUCGAGCUGUCCGACAAGCGGCCGCGCAUCGCGCCCAGCCGCGGCUUGCGCGUCGCCUCCGCCGCCGGCGCCGUCAAGUUCACCGACGUGCACUUUGCGUACCCGACGCGCCCCGACGCCACCAUCUUCAACGGGCUCAGCUUUACGAUCCCCGCCGGCGCCAACGCCUGCAUCGUCGGGCCCUCCGGCCGCGGCAAGUCGACCGUCGGCGCGCUCCUCCUGCGCUUCUACGACCCCGUCUCCGGCACCAUCAGCAUCGGCGGGCAGGACGUCUCGAAAAUGAGCGCGCAGUCGCUGCGGCGCCGCAUCGGCGUGGUCGCGCAGGAACCCGCGCUCUUCUCCGGCACUGUCGCGGAGAACAUCGCCUACGGCGUUCCCGGCGCCUCUGAGGCGGAGGUCGCGCGCGCCGCCGCCAUCGCCAACUGCACGUUCGUGGAGGAGCUGCCGCGGGGGCUGGCAACGCAGGUGGGCGCGCGCGGGUCGCAGCUGUCGGGCGGGCAGCGGCAGCGGGUGGCCAUCGCGCGGGCGGUGCUGAAGCGGCCGGACGUGCUGGUGCUGGACGAGGCGACGUCGGCGCUGGACGCGGAGUCGGAGGCGCUGGUCAACGAAGCGUUGGGGCGGGUGUUUGCGGGCGGCAUGACGACGGUGGCGAUUGCGCACCGGCGGUCGACGAUCGAGAAGGCGGACCUGCUGAUCGUGCUCGGCGGGGACGGCCGCGUGGCGGAGACGGGCACGUACGCGGAGCUCGCGGCGGACAAGGACAGCGAGUUCAGCAAGCUGAUGGAGAAUCAGAUGCGCUCACCGGUCGUGCGUAGGCCAGUGGAGGAUGGAGAGGGGAUCACGGCUGAGGAGGAAGAGGUGAUCGAGGAGGAUGAGGGGCAAGAAGCUGAAGGUGAGCAUCGCAAGGUCUAG